AUGAUCUCCAAGAAGUUGGCUGUUUGUCAUUUUAGGUUUUCAUUAUAUUUAGGGUCCAGGACUAAAAAGGAGUUCACAGUGUUCAAGAUCCAGAAAACCAGGUAUUACGCUUAUCGGAGUCAAAGAAGUGGUGAAAGAUACUACAGGAAAGAUAAAAGAAGUGAUGAAAGAUACUAUAAAAAG